AUGUCGGUAAUAGUAAUCAAAGAUAAGGAUUUGAAGAAGAGAUUGUUACAAGGUAAAAAAGGCAUGAGUCUUGAUGAAGCUGCUAAGAUGUGUAUAAUUGUUGAGAGUACAAAGAAGCAAACAGAAAAAAAAAAGAAGUGGAUAGCUCAGAAAUGUGAUAUAUAUUUAUCCAAGUCAAUACUGGAUGGAAUAGAGGUGGUAGAUUCAUCACUAGAUGAUAUCGGAUUCACUGAAGGAAUUGAGAAUAUAUCUUUCAUAGAACCUGAAUACGACAAUGACGAUGAACAAAAUGUUGUGGAAAUAAAAGAUUUUGAAAUUGAUGAAGAUCAUGAAAAUCUUUUGAAAUCAUUGGAAAGAAAUAAAUUUUCAGAUACUAUACAAAAUGAAGGGAUGAAGUUUAUAGCUGGAUAUGUUGCAUAUAGAUUCAAAGACAAGUUCCCGACAUUCGAUUUAGGUUUGCCUGCGAAUUGUAAAGUUUCUUCUAAAUAUCCAGAUUGGAUAGAAUUUUUGUCUAGAGGCGGGAGACACCGUUCUUUUUCGAGAAAAGAGGGAAAACAAAGUAUCAACCAGGUAAAACCCAAACCUUAUGCCUGUUAUUUCAUGGAAAUGUUUCAUUCUUCCAUCCCUUCCUUCGGUUCCACCUACGCCCACCGAAGCCAACCCAGUAGACAAAACCCAGCAACAGGAAACUGCUGUAACACGUCCAGCUUCUACUCCUAG